AUGUCUCAGGUGCCUGCUGACCUCCUGUCGACCGCCAGCUCCUACAACUAUGACCCACCCCUUCCCUCCGUGGCUCGGGCGAGCGCUCUCACCCAGGUACCUCCAGCCAAAAAAAUAACCUUCUUCAAGAGCGGAGACCCUCAGUUUGCAGGAGUCAAGAUGGCCAUCAACCAGCGGAGCUUCAAGAGCUUCAAUGCCCUCAUGGAUGACCUCUCCCAUCGGGUCCCUCUGCCGUUUGGGGUGCGCACCAUCACCACCCCACGAGGAAUACAUUGCAUCAGCGAGCUGGACCAGCUGGAGGAUGGAGGGUGCUACCUGUGCUCCGACAAGAAAUACGUGAAGCCGAUUGGCAUCACUCCGGGGGGACACAGGCCGGCCCCUCCACGACACGCUCGUCCCCCCACUACCAUGAGAAGAGCAGCUCAGGAGAGCAAGCUGGAAGAUUAUUCCACACCUUUCACUCACCAUGGCCCCAGAAUACCCAAGAAAAUCACUCUGGUUAAGAACGGGGAAAGUGGGUUUCGGCGCUCCAUUAUCCUGAACCGCAGGAACGCCCGGAGUUUCAAAACCCUCCUGGAUGAGAUUACAGAGAUCCUGCAGUUCCCAGUGAAGAAACUCUACACCAUUGAUGGGAAGAAGAUUGACAGCAUGCAGGCCCUUCUCCACUGCCCCAACGUGCUGGUGUGUGUGGGCCGGGAGCCCUUUAAACCUGUGUCCAUGGAGAACCUGAGGAAACACUCGGUGGAGAAGCUGCCCAACCUGCCUCCCCGCUCCACCGGCAACAGCGGCAACGAGAACAACGAAAGUAAGCAAAUGAACUUUGGACUGAAAGCCAAAAAAAGCGUUAUCCACCCGCGGUCGUCAUCGAGCAACAGGUCCAUGAGAUUUUCUUUGUCGUCGGAAAAAUCUUAUCCCAACGGUCUUGCUGCCUCACCAGACAAUGGAGCACCCUUCUCCAAUGGCUGCUCCCACCCCAAAGCCGGGGAGCUGGUCCAGUCCCUGGUCAACGACGACAUAGAGAAGCGGGUGCACGUGAACAAGGAUGGGAGCUUGUCUGUGGAGAUGAAGGUCCGCUUUCGCCUGCUGAACGAUGAGACCUUGCAGUGGUCCACCCAGAUCAAGAAGUCCAACCUGCUGAACCGGCUGCCUUGUGAGGAGUCAGGAGUGGAGGAGGACAGUGGAGUGGACCCCCUGCAGAAGAUGAACCCAGAAGUGAGCUCGGAGGCGGACGACUCGUUGUAUCCCUGUGAGAUCGAUUCCUACAUGUCAAAACUUGAGGAAUCCGAGUGUGACGAGGCUCACUGUCACAGCUGUGGGAAGAAGCACCAGGACUAUGACAUUUGGAAGAAUCCCAUGCACGCAUCCCCAAGGGAAGAGCCCAGUGUACAGACCACCUGGCGCACGCGGUCGUCGUGCUCCAGCACGUCCUCCCGGAGGAGAGUCAUCCACAAGAAAAUGACUUCCAUGGACAGCCUCCCCACCACGUCCAGUGAGGAAUUCUCUGAGCACAUUGUGAGAGAGUCCUCAUCCUACUCAGAGACUGUAGAGAACAGGGUGGCGUAUCGAUCUGUCAGAAAGUGCAGGUGCCGAAGUGAUUUGUCUACAGGUGCUUCCAUUGGAGAAGAUCGGCAAGGAGACACUCCAGCAAGCACAGGGAAUAGCCAGAGACCUUCAUCCCUGGGUAUAAUGUCACAUUCCAGCUGUGAAAACAAUCUGGAUACUCAAGACGCCCCCGAAGAAGACCAAGAGAUCAGCAAAACCAUUUCACAAAAUGAAGAGGAAAACUGUUUCGAAGCUUCCUCUGUGAAGGGCCUAAAGGAUGACGUGGAAGAGGCUGACAGCAGCAGGGUUGGGAGUGCCAUGUCAAAGUCAUCCCUGCAGUCCAAACGGAGCAAGAAUAACAUCUGUGAGGAAAACAGCACCGUGAGUAAGAGCAUGUCCUCCUCCUCAAGCCUUCAGAAGGCAAACCCAGGAGAGAACUCUCGGAGCUCCACCCCUGCCAACAGUGUGCACAGCAAGUCCAGCAACUGUACCACCCAAAAAGCAAAGAGCGAGCAGGAUGACCAGUCUGAUGAAAAUCCAGCGGUCUCCUCCUUGUCCGGUGAGUCCUGCCCUAAGAAAGAGGCCGGAGAGGCAGAAGCAGAGCAAGAGGAAAGUGAAGUUCAAGAAGGAAGUAUGAGUGGGAGUGUAUGUUCCAAAGCUGACCACGCAACUGAGAGUGAGAUUCAGAAUGGAAAGCCCACAAGUGUCUCCUCAAGAGUCUCUUCAAAAUCAGAAGCGAAAGAAAAAUUCUUGUUGGCCCAGAUAUCCCAGGAGACGGAUGAGAGGUGCUCACAGUCCAACAUGUCUCAAUCUUCGAAGUCAAGGCGGACAAAAAACAACAAUCUUCACGUGAAGAUGUCGAACUCCAGCCGGGCGUCGCUGUCUGAGACCAUGUCAGUGCGCAGCCUGCACUGCCCCGCCCCACCCAAAGGAAAGCCAAAGAGGAAAAACGUGCGUCCAGCCGUGCUGAAGAACUCCUCUGUUAGCAGCUUAGGCUCCAGGUCGCUGCUGAGCACGGGGAAAGAGCAGAAAGAAAUUGUAGAUUCCUCCAAAGAGACGUCCUAUGGGUCUAAGUCAGCAGCGCCCGAAGCAAACGAUCAGAAUAAUAAAGAGACCGAUGAUUCUCAGAGCAAAAAAGCGGAGGAAGCAUCAGAGGGCACGGGUGUGCAGGAGGAAGGGAGUGAUUUGAUGCCAUCUGCUCUGCCAAACGCAUCUCCAGAGGAAGUUGUGCAAGAGUGGCUCAGAAAAAUCCCUUCAGAAACGUUGCUUGUGAAAUAUGAAAUGGAGGACGAUGUGGAAGAGGAAGGUACAGAGACAGCUACCGAGAUAUCACACUGCACACAGGCUGAGGAAGUCCCAGAGGAAGAAAAAGCUGAGGGAAAGAAGGAGGUUGAAGAAUGUGUGAACCAGGAAGAAGUCUGUGAGGUGGCAUCUGAGACUGCCAAAGCUGAGCAGGCAGAAAGCAACCAGUCAGUUAACUCCAGCCAAAAUAACAAGAGGGACCUGCCCAGCUCUGUCCAGACUUCUGUCCAGAUCAUGAAGGCCUUGCUCAGUUCAAAACAUGAGACCAAAUUUGACCGAUCGAACAGUUUGCCCGAAGUGUCCCCCACCAUGGGGAGAAAACUCAGCAACUCCGCCAACGUUUUGAUUACUUGUCUUGCCAGUCUCCAGCUCCUUGAUGAAGAGUCAGAAGACCCAUCAGACACCUCAAAAGCUUUGAAUAAGUCAAGGUAUACGGAGCUGCUGAAUAUUUUUCAAGCCCUGUGGUUGGGAUGCACAGCUGAGAGGAGCGGUCCAAGCUCCGCUCAAGGGGCCAGCGAGCAGGCAAAGCCAGACCUUGGGUUUAAAGGCCCCAAAUCCAUGGAUCACGCCUUCACUCGCAUGUCCUCCUCCGGGGUUGAUGUCUGCAGUGGUUCUGGUGGCUCAGGAGAAGAAUGUGCAGCUGGUGCCACUUUAGCGGCACAGAAAACUGUGGAAUUCAAAUCAGCUGAAGAGGAAAAUACAGAGAAUGGAACUGAAGUGACUGAGGCUGAGGAGCAAAGUAAAGAGGAAGGGCAGCCAUCCCGCCCCUCAACAGCCUGCUCAGAAUCACACAGAGAGGAAAAAGCACAGUCUGCUAACGAGGAAUCUCCAAUACAGGAGGAAGAAGAGAAGGAGGAGGAUCAGUGCCACACCUGUGAACACGGUCAGGAGGAAGGGGGAGAAAAUGAAAAUGAAGAAACCAGCAAAUUAGCUGAAACUGAAGAACAAGAAAAAGCUGCAGCUGUGAAUGAUGAACUCCCACAAGAAAAUCCUGAAGCCACCAUCGAUGAUACAUAUGUCAAAGGUGCUGAUGGUGAGAUGGAGAUUAAAGCUGGUUUGGAAGAGCAUCUUGAAAAAGAGUCACCAAGUGUCGCAGAGCCCAAAGUCAGUGCAUCCACCAGUGUGGGGACAUCCCUUGUCCAGCAAAACUCAGUGGAUCCAGACCCAGUCUGGGUCCUGAGACUGCUCAAAAAAAUCGAGAAGGAGUUCAUGGCUCACUAUGUCAAUGCCAUGAAUGAGGUGAAAAUCAGGUGGAACCUGCAGAACGAGGAGUCAGUGGAGAGCUGGAUCUCAGCUGAGCUGCCUCUCACAAAGACUGAGAUCCUGCAGCGAGUCCAAGACCAUCCACAAGACAGAGAAGUUAAAUUUGUGCCUUCCUCAAAAGAAGGGCAGCCCUAUCUGUGA